AUGAUGCAAUACAUGCUUCUGUUCAGCCGACAAGGCAAACUGAGACUUCAGAAAUGGUACACCGCAUAUCCAGAUAAGGUUAAUUAAACGUUUUCUGUAAUUAUGAAAUAUUUAUGUGAAUUUCAGCAAAAGAAGAAAAUUUGUCGCGAAUUAAUCACUCAAAUUUUGUCACGCAAACCCAAAAUGUGCGCAUUUUUGGAGUAUAAAGAUUUGAAAGUUGUCUACAAACGGUGAGUUAAAUUUUUAUUUUAUAGAAUUUUUGAAUUUGAGAAAUAAUGUUCUUAUAGAUAUGCUUCUCUCUACUUCUGUUGUGCAAUUGAACAAAACGACAACGAGCUAAUCACUUUAGAAGUUAUUCAUCGAUAUGUCGAAUUGCUUGACAAGUAUUUUGGAAGUGUAAGUUAUUUUCUACUUAUCGUGUUUUAUAUUGAAUAUUUCAAAAAUAUGAUAUUCAGGUUUGCGAACUCGACAUCAUUUUCAAUUUCGAGAAAGCCUACUUCAUUUUGGACGAAUUUCUUCUUGCCGGAGAAAUUCAGGAAACAAGUAAAAAACAAGUUUUGAAAGCGAUAGCUGCUCAAGAUUUGAUUCAAGAAGAAGAAACUCCACAGGGAUUUUUCGAGGAUCACGGAUUGGGAUAA